CUGAAGGCCGCCCUGGAGAGCUUGCCGCAGCCGGCGCCCGUCGCCGUCCAGAUCACGGUGCUGGGGACGCCUGCGGAAGAACAAGGAGGAGGCAAAAUAGACCUGAUAAACGCUGGAGCGUUUGACGGCCUGGAUGUGGUUUUUAUGGCACACCCCUCACAAGAAAACGCAGCUUACCUGCCCGAUGUGGCCGAGCACGAUGUGACUGUGAAAUACUAUGGAAAAGCUUCUCAUGCUGCUGCUUACCCUUGGGAAGGAGUUAAUGCAUUAGAUGCUGCUGUUCUUGCAUACAACAAUCUGUCUGUUUUAAGACAGCAAAUGAAACCGACCUGGAGAGUUCAUGGUGUAAUAAAAAAUGGUGGUGUGAAACCUAACAUCAUUCCUUCUUACGCUGAACUAGAGUUUUACUUGCGUGCUCCUUCAAGGCAAGAUCUUGCUGUUCUGACAGAGAAGGUUGAGAACUGCUUCAAAGCUGCAGCACUGGCCACAGGAUGCAAAGUGGAAAUAAAAGGUGGUGAAAAUGAUUACUACAAUGUGCUUCCAAAUAAGAGUCUGCAGAAAGUUUACAAGGAGAAUGGAAAGAAGCUUGGAAUAGAGUUUAUAUCAGAAGACUGUAUCUUGAAUGGUUUGUCAGGUUCCACAGACUUUGGAAAUGUUACAUUUGUAGUCCCUGGGCUUCAUCCUUAUUUUUAUAUUGGCUCUGAUGCAUUGAAUCAUACGGAGCAGUACACAGAAGCUGCAGGGUCACAGAAUGCUCAGUUCUAUGCUUUGCGCACAGCAAAAGCUUUGGCAAUGACAGCACUGGAUGUCAUUUUCAAGCCAAGUCUGCUAGAAGAAGUCAGGGAAGACUUUAGACAGGUGAAGCUAAAGGAAGAGGGACAAAUAAAUGCAGUAGAACCUAACAAAGAAUCUGGCAUUGGCAUAGGAGAGUAUGCAUCACACUAA